CAUGGCCCCAGCCCAACGCUGCUGUCCCGGCGGGUGGGGACCGGGAAUGAGUCGAAAGAAUCAUAAGCCGUAGAAACCCCAACGCAGAUAGCCUGUUCGAGAGUCGGGGCACUUCGUGUGUCUUAUGGAGGGCCCCCCCGGUCUCUGCUCCGCGUCCGUGAGCAGAGAUUGUGGCGGCAACCAUCGAAGAAGACGCCGACAGACCAAGUGUACCUCACCGCCUUUCGACUUUCGACGCUGCUAGUAAAUAUAUCAAACAGUUUGUCGGCGGAGCUCCCCAACAUUCUGGACACCCCUAUAAAUUUCCAUUUCCGUAGAAUCAGUUCUUCAUUUUUGGGAUCAAUGCCACUCUGAUUCGAGAUUCCCAGUUCUAUCAAUGAGUCCCAGAGAGUGACAAUAUCUUCAUCCGACGAAAUCUUCUCCUCCUCCUCCUGCUCCCUCUUCUAUUCUGCCACUACCUCAAUCUAUGCAAAGCUCCGUUUGUUCUUCCCAGGCUUCUCCUUGGAGUUCGAAGAGCUUUCUUCUGCGAGAGCUUUGUCCUCUUUACUCAUGGAAGCUAAACAUAGCCCUUUUGGGGAGAGCAGGAUUUUAGCUGGCUUGUCUUCUUCGUCGACAGAGACUGAGGGGUGUUCUGCUACGAAACAGUCUGCUUCUAUGGAGAAGAGCACGACAAGGGAGUUUAUUGGGGUUCCUCAGCCCCUUGAACGCCUUCAAGGUAGUCCCGUUCCUCCCUUCCUCUCCAAGUGUUAUGAUUUAGUCGAAGAUCAGUCUCUGGAUCAGGUUAUAUCGUGGGGAUCGAGCGGUGAUAGUUUUGUGGUUUGGGACCCUCUGGAGUUUGCGAGGGUCGUCCUUCCCCGGAAUUUCAAGCACAACAAUUUCUCGAGUUUUGUCCGGCAGCUAAAUUCUUAUAAAUUCCGAAAGAUUGACACUGAUCAGUGGGAGUUUGCCAAUGAAAAAUUUGUACGGGGUAAGAGGCAUUUAUUGAAGAACAUCCAUAGGCGCAAGUCCCCUCAAUUGCAGCAGAUUGGCAGCUAUUCUGGGUCUUCUAUUAAAGCAGGAAAAUCUGGAUUGGAAAGUGAGUUAGAUAGGCUGAGGAAUGAGAAGAAUCUGAUGAUGCAGGAAAUUGUAAAAUUGCAGCAGGGACACUGUGGAGCAGCUCAGCAACUAGAGGCAGUGAAGCAGAGGCUCCAGACUGCAGAGAAGAGACAAAAGCAGAUGGUCUCAUUUUUGCCAAAACUGCUUGAGAAUCCAGUGUUCUUGGCUCGUCUUCAGCAAAAGGCAGAACACAAAAUGAGUGCUUCUCCAAGGGUUAGAAGGAAGCUCAUCAAGCUACAACAGCAGCAACCAGACCAGGUUCAACCAGAUUCAUCUAUGGGAGGGCAGGUAGUGAAGUACAGACCUGACUUGAGUAGCAUUCCUACUUCUUUGGGAACACAAGAGUUCAAACCAGUUCUGGAAAAGCAACUUCCUGAUUCUAUCUUAGAGGGUAUGGAGGGGAAACUUGGUUUUGGAGCAUCAGACAUGCAGGUUCAAAUUGGAAAUGUUGCUUCAAGUGAAAUGCGGCAAGAACUUGUUGGGUACUCGGAUCGGGUGGGUGUGGGGACAUUGUACUCGGGAACUAUGGGUUCUGAGGAUGCCGUCAUCAAAGUAAAGAAUGUGAUGAGCCCCCAACCAGAAGUUAUUCCCGAGUUCUAUUUAUCUUUGCCAGAGGAUUUGGCUAGAGAGAAGACAUUUCCAGACUAUAUGUUCCCUGGGGCUGAAAGCAUGUUAAAACCAGAGGAUAUGUGGAGCAUGGGUAUUGAUGCCAGCGGUGCUGCAUCUAGUUGUAGCCAAGAGGUCUGGGAUAAUCUUGUCAAUUAUGAUGUACAAGAGUUGGAAGUCCCUGGUGGAUUAUCAUAUACCGGGGACGUGAGUUCACAGCAAGACAUGGGGGUUUCAGGAAUUGACAAGUGGCUGGAUGACGAAUCUGCUUCGGAUGAUUAUGAAAAGCAAAAUGAACAGCUAAAAGAUGAUCCUUCUAGGAGUACAGGUCCUUAGGGUUUCAUUUACUUUGGCACUUGCUGCCCUCACAGAUGCGCAUUUCAUUUUUAACCCUCUAGUGGAGGGUCUAAUUUGGACAAUUUAUUAUAAUAUGUUGAGUAUAUUUUGUUC